AUGAGCGAUUUCAAAGCAAUUGGCAAAGCUUUCAUUGAUUUUUACUAUAAUAAAUUUGAUACAGGUCCGCGUGAUGGUGUUGCAGCACUUUAUGAACCUGUUAAUGGCAUGAUGAAUUUUAAUAAUGCUGAUUUUGCUAAGGGUGCUCAAGAGAUAGCUGAAAAACUACGUUCAUUAACAUUUCAAACAAUAGGUCAUACAGUAUCAACGAUGGAUAUUCAACCAACAUAUGAUAACUGUAUUUUAAUAGUUGUUACUGGUGCUCUUAAAGCUGAUAAUGAUCCACCAAUGCAGUUUACAGAAACAUUUUUGUUACGUUGUAUUAACAAUGCGUGGCUUGUAAUCAACAACGUUUUUCGACUUAUUCUUCAUGGUUGA